CUAAGCGACCAUCAUCAAGUCAAAGGCUGAGAGAAAAGACAAAUCCCGAAAGAGAAUGAGACAUGGUGGAGGGCAGGAAAUUGUGAGUUUUUAAGAGCCAGUCUCUGAUGCUGCUGUGGACCAAGGUGCAGUGUUUGUGGAGGCAAAAUGUGGGACACAAGGUCUCUCGAGAAGAUGGUGAACAGGACGACUCUGAGCACACAGAGAGUGCUCCACACACACAUUCUGGAACUAGGAGAACAGUUGUGUCCGUGGUCAUCUCCCAACGCUAGAACCGACAACCACCUAAAAUUGGCUCCAAACUCAUUCAAUUCACGACCUGCAAUUGGACUGGAGCAGCCCGACGCCCCCGCCAUGGAGGAAUUUAAGCAGUUGGCAGAGGAGGAGAAACGUACUGCCCUUAGACUCCAAGAGGAGAGUCUGCAGGCCCGCUUUCGAGAGGCCCUGCGAGCGAGGGACAGGCUGGAGGCUGAAAUGAGGCGAGAGCUGCAGGUCGAGCUGCAGGCCCAGUUCAGAGCUCAUUGUGAAGGCCUGAGGGCUCAGAUGGAGGAAGAGAAGGUCCAAGCCGUAGGGAAGGCCUGCAGGAAGCUGCGAGAACAGCUGCACAAAGAGGCAGAGGAGACCAGAGAGACAAUAAUACAGACUGUACGAGAAGAGACUCAGGAGUGUGUGAGGAGGUGUGUGCAGGACGUCGAGAGAAGUGUUCGUGAAGAGUGUGACAUGAAGGCAGAAAAAGAGAAACAGGUCCUACAGGACAGACAUGAAGAAGAGAUAUCUGAGCUACAAAACAGGCUACAGCAGCUGCAAGACAGUCUGGAGCAGGCCUGCAGGGAGCGCAUUCAGUAUGAAGCAGAGUUUAAGAAGGUGCAGGCCAGCUACAGGCAGUUUGUGGACCUGACUGACUCCUCCCUCCACUCUGAUUACCUCUUAAAACUCCGCAGACUGGGGAGAGAGCCAGGGCUCAUGGACACUGCGACACAGACUGAUGAGAUCACCCCUUAACUGUCAUCUUGAGAUGGAAGUGUUCUCACACUGAUCUAAAAUCAUUUUAAGCAUUGUUUUCUAGAAACUAUAGCAAUAUUUGUGCUUAAACUACAAAAGCUUAAAGAAAUUACGAAAACUUUUAUAUACUUUCCUUUAUACAUUUAUCCACCUUGGUCCCAAGAUGAAAAAUUUUACAAACAAUUUUUAGUUAUGAAACAUGUUAACAUUAAAUAGAAAAAAAAAAAAUAUAUAUAUAUAUUCCUGUAAUUCCUGUUAUUCCCAGUAUAUAAAAAGUGUACUUAAGCACAAAAAAUGUUACGAUAAA